GGGAACUCAAAAACUCUGUCUUAAUUCUUAUUUUUAUUUUUCCGGCGAUCAUCCCACUUCCUUUAUUGGUUACUACUGGUCCUAGCUCUUAGGUCUAGCAACUUCUUCAUAAUCGGAAACCCACUCUUCCUCCGGCGGUCGCUUCUUAGAAUCUCUGUGUAACGUUUUCCUCCGGCGAUUCUCCGAUUCACUUGUACUUUAUGGGGAAAGGUGCAAGAAACAAGAAGCAACAAGCAGCAGUGGCGGCGGCAAACAGCUCCCACCACCACCACCAGGUCAGACCUUUGCCGGAAGUUGAAGCCAAUGUUGGAACCCUCACCAAUGCCAUUAAGGGUCUUCUUGGAACGCUGGAAAACAUGUCUCAGCAACUCGAUUCGGUUUCAUCCGAUGUGAAGGGUGUAAUUAACAAUGGCGAAAAAGCGAAUUCGGGCUGUGGGAAAUCAGCUUCAGGUGAGCCAGCCCUGUCAGUGGAUGAGUCUGAGCGAGACAUUGUUUUGGAGUUUCAUGAUUUGAAACAAACCACUAAUGUUGCAGAGUACCAAGAGAAGUUCCAGGAACUGAGAGACUUGUUGGUGAAAAUGAACUAUAGACUCCCUGAAGGUUAUUUGAUUUCCAGCUUCUUGGGUGGACUCAAACCUGAGAUAAAUGUUUCAAUUCGGGGUCGGAAACCAGAGACUCUUUGCCAUGCUUUCAACCUUGCAAGGAUUGAGGAGAUAGCAAUGGAGGUAAUGAAGGACAAACUAAUCAUGUCUUCGGGUGGGAACGAGCAGAAUCUGCCGCCAUCUAGGUACCCUCAGCUGAAGUUAUGGCCUGAUCAUCCCCUGAAAUUUGGAGCUUCAGUUGGAGAAAAGCCAAUAAGAGUCAUAGUAUUUACUGGAAGCAUAUACAGCUUUCUUGAUACUUCUUUGGCAAUAUCAGCAGGGUGCGAGAUUGAGGAAGCUGAACCAAUAUUGGUGAACUUUUUAAACCUUGGGUACAAGGCAGUUAGCCGGUUCAAAUGUCCAAGGUUCCGGUGGACAUAUAAGGGUGAAGAGAGUGUUACUGAUUUGAGGAUAAUCGAGAUAAAGGCAGCCUACGACAUUGUGUUGAGCUCAGAUUGGCUGAAGAAUGGGAAGUGAUGAAAAAUGUUUGUCAAUCUCUUUUUGCCUUUUUGUUUGAACAGAUCGUGUUAGAUUUCGGUUCUUAGCUAACUCAUGUUAGAUGUCUAUGGUUUAGUAUCUUGGUUUGCUGGAAAUACAAGGUUCUUGCUUCCUUGUUGUCUCCCCAGCAUUCUGGUUUUUACUUUUUAGCUCUCCAGUUAUUUUCGGCUUCUGUUAAAUAUUAUGAAAUGUUCUAAAG